GUGUGGCGACACUAGCGCCACCACUACCAGUUUGAUUUUUCAGUCGGGUGUCGGGUCAGUCCUCUGCGUGUGAAGUGAAGAUCUGGCUCCGCAGUGGUUUCUUCGGGUGUCAUGAGCUAAAUGAGGGUAUUGGUGACAUCGUGGCCUUCUUGCUGAUGGCUGGGCUCUUCGACUAUAGCAAGGAGGCCGUUCGGGUCAAGGCCAAGAAAUGCGACGGCGACGCAGAGCCCGAGUGGAGGAAGUUCAGCGUGGACCCCCAAAUCACCACCUACGAUGUCCUGCGUUCCAUCCUGGCGAAGGCGUUCGAACUGCGCAGGGACUUUUCCGUCAGCUACAGAGUCAUCGAUGACUUGGGUCAAGAAACGUUUCUUCCCUUGCUCUCGGAUUGGGACCUCGAUGCUGCUUUCCUUGGUGCCUGCGAUCCGUGCCUCAACCUUCUGAUUGACGUGACUGGCGCCGAGGAAGCAUGGGAGCCCGAAGAGCCACCGGUGAGCGUGAUUAAGAGUCUGAAACCGCUGCUGAGACUGGGCAAGCCCAAGGCGGCGCAGCUGCAGGGCCUGUUCAAGAGCCAGAUGGAGCGUACCUUGGGCAUGGUGCAGCGUGCCCUGAAGCCUGAGGAGGCACCCGACUACGACCCGGAGCCGCCUGAGGAGGCGCCGGUUGACGACGUUUGCUUCCGCAGCUUUCUCGAUCCUCUUGGCACGCUUGAGGAGCCGAGAGCAAUGCGUGCCGCUGUCUUUGCGUCUGGAGUUGAGCCUUCCUUGCGCAAGGUAGUCUGGAAGCACUUGCUCAAUGUCUACCCUGAAGGUCUCAAGGGCAAGGAGCGGAUAGAGUACAUGCGCCAGCGUCAACAGCUAGCAGUACAAUGCGCUCAAGGACGAAUGGAUGAAACAGGCGGUGAGAGCUAA